AUGCCGCAAAAGGAGAUCAUCUACCUCUCUUUUGGCUCCUUUGCCAAUCACAUUUCGACGCACUUUUGGAAUGAGCAGCAGUCGUACUUUACCUACGACCAAGCUGACGACGCACAUGCAGGUCCAUCUGGCUCAACGUCGAGGAGCACAGACGAAGAUGAGCCGCUCGUCGACCACGACGUCUCUUUCCAAGCAGGACAGACGCUCUCAGGCCACGACACGUACAAUCCGCGAGCUGUGAUCUUCGAGACCGAGCACGAGUUUGGCGCCCUGGCCAAGCUCAACGCGCUCUACGAGUCUUUCCCUCCCGACUCGACCGACCGAAAUGUUGCAUUGGAUAGUCUGCAGAGCUGGGGCGCCGAGGCCCAAGUGAUCGCAGCGCAGAAGAUCCGCAAGAGCGACUAUCAGCGCCGUCUCGAGCUCGAGGACCAAGGUAUCGAUCCCGGCUCUUCCGACGACGAAGCCGAGGAUGGGGGAUCCGAUGGAGAAAAGGUUGCAGCGACGCCUGCGAAAGCCGCGCAAAGGCUCAAGCAGAGGCGCAUGCAUCGCUUCUGGUCCGACUAUUCGCGCACCUACUUCCACGCCAAGUCGCUCGUCUCGGUCGGCGGCGAGCUCACGGUACCCAUGCUCGGCUCGUACAACUCUGCAGAGUCACCCGAAGCCAACGACGGCAGAGUGCGCUUCGAGACCUUUUCGCAGGGAGCGGAACACUUUGACGAGCUCGAAAAGCGCAGCGAGGUGCUCGACACCAAUCUGCGCUGGUUUGCCGAAGACGCCGAUCUGCUGCAAGGCUUUCAAUACACCAUCGGAACCUCCGACGCAUUCGGUGGCCUCGGUGCCAAAUAUCUCGAGAGUCUCGUCGACGAAUUCCCCAAGAUCACGCAUCUCGUCUUUGGCUCUGCCUGGGGCAACACGACGCUCAUCCAAGACGAUCAAGACAGCGCCGAUGCGCCACGGCAUAACAGGCUCGCCCGGAUCCGCAUGAUGAACAAUCUGCUCUCCUUGGUACAGCUGAUGGAGCAUUCAUCCGCCCUUGCACCCAUCCACGUUCCACAUGGCGGACAGAGCACUCAGGUCGGCGCUGACUGGCAACGCUACCUCGGACGCAUGCACCUCGACGACAUGCACCAUGCAUCUGCCCUCCUCUCGGCACACAUCGAGACGGCGACACUCGGAACGCGCCUCCGUUCGCGCACCGACACUCUCGGUUCGCUCGUCUCGCGUCUCAACUGGCGUCGCGAUACCAAGCUUGUUCACCUCGGUGGUGUGCUGCCCGUUCCAUACCCGGUGCCCCUGUCGUCAUCCUCCUUUGAAGCCACUUCGUCGUCGACGGACCCGGUCGAUGCACUGCUCCACUCCUACGGCUACGGCGACCGCGAUUCGAGACAGCGCCAACGCGGUGCGCCCCUCGAGUCACAGUCGCAGCUGGCCGCGCGCGGGGCCCAACUCGCUCUCUCCUCGUGGAUCGAUCUCUCGCUUCCACCUUCGCUCGGCGGCGGAGCGAAGCGACGCAACAAGCUCGUGUACAAUCUCCAGCGUCCCUUCUCGCACCAUGCCGUGCUGCGCAACAGCAACCUUGACGACGCAGUGCUUGGCUUGGGCAUGCUCGACUCGCUCCUCACCCAAAUCCGCGAGCCGUUCGGCCAGGGAGUCUAUGUCCCGCAGUCGUACAACAUUCUCUCCUCCUUCCCCAACUUUUUCUCCCAUCUCGACGCGCAGGGAAAGCCCAUUCCUCGCACGUCAAACGCCGUCGCGGAUCCAGCAGCGGAAGGCAGCCACAAGGUGCCACGACCAAAGCACACAGCGAUGCUCUCGUCUCUCAGCGCCACUCCCUACACCGUACACCUCCUGCGCGACGCCAGGAAUACGCUCAGCGAGGCACUCGGCGGUCACGCGCCCUUGGCAGCGUACGGUCUCGAUGCCGAGGAUGCCAAGGACAACCUCAAGGAGAUCCGCGAGCAGAUCGAGGGCUGGAUCGACACUUACAGCGUCGACAACGAUGCCAACAGCGCCGACGACGACGAUCAAGGUGGCAUGGGCACAGACGAAGAGUAUGACGUCGAUCACAACCCAGACGACGGCUUGGACUGGGACCUGUAG